AUGCCGGGGCUCACGGCUGAUUCCGACUCUCCCCCAGAGCUGGAUCUCGUGCCCCUGCCGCCCUUCAAGCCAGACCUCUACGAGCGUGCCUGGGCCUCGAUACCACAUCCGACACUGCCCCUCAUCGCGACCUGCUAUGCAAAGUCCGUGACUGUCUUCUCCCUCUCUACCCUCUCCGCCCACAGCAGCCUCACCGGCGGACACCAGCGUUCCGUGCGCUCCGCGGCGUGGCGCCCAGCCCUACCUCCGCACAAGCUAUGCCUUGUCACCGGCAGCUUCGACUCGACCGCCGGCUUGUGGCGCUGGGACGGCGAUGUCCCCUUCGAGUCCGCCUCUGCCGCCGGUCCCUCAUCUGAUCCUGCCGGGCUCGAAGUCGAGAUCACAAGCUCCGCUCUACAGCAGCGAAGCACACCCGCCGCCGCAGCAGACGACCACUCCGAGCGCGACGACGACUGGGAGUUCACCCUGGUUCUAGAGGGCCACGAGUCGGAGAUCAAGAGCGUCGCCUUCUCUCCGUCCGGUCAGUACCUCGCCACAUGCAGCCGCGACAAGUCGGUGUGGAUCUGGGAGGACGUCGGCGCCAGCGAGGAAGACGAUGAGUGGGAGACGGUCGCCGUGCUCAACGAGCACGACGGCGACGUCAAGUGCGUGGCCUGGUGCCCGGACGUGCCCGGGCGGAGCGGCAGGGGCCGGUACAGCGCCGAUGUGCUGGCCAGCGCGAGCUACGACAACACGGUGCGCAUAUGGCGCGAGGACGGCGACGGCGAGUGGGUGUGCGUCGCCGUGCUGGAGGGCCACAGCGGUACUGUAUGGGGCCUGCAGUGGGAGCCUGAGCCGAAGAACGAGAACUUUCCCCGCUUGAUGACAUUCUCGGCGGACCAGACAAUACGGUUGUGGUCACUAAAGGAGGAGGAGGACGACGAUGAAGAUGGAGCAGGCGCAGGCGCAGGCGGGGGCAAUCCGCUCUUUAGCUCAGGGUUUGGAGGCCUUCCGAACACGAUGCGCCGUUCUAUAAGGGAGGACUGGGAAUGCACAGAUGUGCUUCCUACCGCUCAUACGCGCGACAUAUACUCUGCGAACUGGAGCGCGGCAUCUGGCAUGAUAGCCAGCACUGGUAGCGAUGGAGUUAUUGCUGUAUAUCGUGAGGACCUCGACCAGCCUGAUGCGAAUGGUGCGGAGGAUGUUCAGAUGUCCGACGUCAAUGGACCAGAUGCCAAUGCGCCAGUAUCUGCUGUUGCGGCUCGUUCUACGAAAUGGCGAAUGUUGAAAUCCCUCAAAAACGGGCACGGUCCGUACGAGAUAAAUCAUAUCACUUGGUGCCGGAGGUUUGACCCAGGGGCUGGGAGGAGGGGUUCAGAAGAAAUGCUGGUGACAACUGGGGAUGACGGAAUUGUACGGCCGUGGGAAGUCAAACUCGGAGCAUCGUCCUGA